AUGGUCCUAGUCUCUCCACAGGUGGUGUGUAAGUACAUCCAGGACCCAGUGCUGUUCCUGGUGGACCAUGUGGGUUUGGUGAAGUUCGACCUCCGCUUCAUGGUCCUGCUGCGCUCUGUGCGACCGCUCAAACUCUACGUCUACAACGUGUUCUGGCUGCGCUUUGCAAACAGGGAGUUCUCGUUAGAUCACUUUGACGACUACGAGAAACACUUCACUGUGAUGAACUACACUGAAGGAGCAACACUAACACAGAUUCACUACGAUGAGUUCAUCCCGAUGUUCGAGCAGCAGUAUCCACAGCACCCCUGGAGGAACAUCCAGGUCUCCACACAUCACCUCGCUUUGUCCAUGGCUCUCUGCAGCUCAGGUGCACACCGGGUUCGCACGCCUGUUCAUGCUCUCCUGCUUCUGCGUACGUAG